GCCCUUUCGAGCCGUGAAUGCGCCUGCGCGGCCGUUCGAGCGUUCAGGCGGGCUCCGACUCCUGUUCCGCUGCCGGCCCUUUCGAGCCGUGAAUGCGCCUGCGCGGCCGUUUGAAUGUUUUGGCGGGUCCCGCCUCCGGUUGUGCCGCCGCUGUCGCCAUGGUGGAAGGACCCGGGUGCGCGCUGAACGGAGAGCAGAUCCGGAGCCGCGUCAGGGCGGGACAGCGGACGGUGGGGCUGGGAGGGAGCGCGGUUACUCGGCCAAGUGGGCAGAAUGAUUCCUGUUUGGAUGCAAUCCAAUUGCUGAAAGGCAAGGUUUACACAGGUGUGAAGACGUUGGGAAAGGAACUGUUCCUAUAUUUUGGGCAAACUGCAUUAAGGAUACAUUUUGGAAUGAAUGGUUCAAUGCGCAUCAAUUCAUCUGAGAGAAAACGCAGCAGUGGAGCCCCAGCAGUCUUGGAGAUUCAGUUAACCAGUGAUUUGAUUUGCUUCUUUGAGUCCACAUUCGAUGUCAGGAGUACUUCUGAAUGUGAGGAGAAAGUAAAAAUAAUGGAAGAACUGGAUAUUUGCUCAGCAAAGUUCAGUUAUUCCCGAGCUGAAGAGUUGAAGCGACAUGGUGCCCGCAUGAUAUGUGAUGUAUUGUUGGACCAAGCUGUGCUGCCUGGAGUAGGAAAUAUCAUCAAAAAUGAAUCAAUGUUUGACAGUUGCCUCCAUCCUGCUGUAAAGAAAUGUCAAUUAUCAGCUGAGCAAAUACAUCACCUUAUCAGAGUGACUCGAGACUUCACAAUUCUGUUUUAUAAAUGUCGGAAGAUUGGGUCAGCCUUAUAUAAACACUUCAGAGUUUACAAGCGUUCCACGUGCAGACAGUGCCAUGGUAAAAUCAUUGUCUGCCGCCUUGGUGAGAAUAAUCGAAUGACGUAUUUCUGCUCGCACUGUCAGAAGGAAGAUCCUAGCCAAGUUAAUGUUAGUAAUUUCCCUAAACGGAAUAGCCUGAUUAGUUGGGCCCAGGGCUCUCGAGAUCAAUCUACUGAUACCAUUGCCAAAAAAGAAGAAGAGGAAUGGACUUGCCCGCUUUGCACUUUAAUAAAUGCACCAUCAGCCAAAUCAUGUGAUGCCUGUUUGACACAGAGGCUUGUCAAGGCAGUAUCACCUCAGAAGUCUGGUUUUGAUGCUAAUCUCAUAAAAUACCAAUGUAAUAGUUUUGGUAAACCUCUAGUGGAAUGGAAGCUCAAUCGGAAAGCAGCAUUUGGUACAACGACACUGGUUCUCACGUCACAGAGGAGUUCUCAACAGAGUCCUAUGCACAGUUUCUCUGCAGACAAUGAAAUUAAAGAGAACAUACUACCAGAUGGGAAUCCUUUGUUUCCAGCCUUGGUUAAAAAUUGUUCUGCAAGUACAUUGAGCUCUAACCUUUGGAUGAAAAGUAGCGUUAAUGAUUAUGCAAAUCAAGCAACCAGCAACUCAACAUCAUUUAGUUAUACCAACCAAAGUUUAUUUUGUCACCCUCCCAAAAGGUUGAAGAAGGACCGUAAUUUUUCUUUUGAUUCCAACACAAGUUCUGCAGUUUUUGUCUUCAGGGACUCUGAUAAUGUGAAUGAUGGUAAUGGCCCUGCUGCAAGUCCUGAAAUCCCUUGUUGCAAACAGCACGGUCGUCCCUGUACACUGAGGAUAGUCAGAAAAGAAGGUGACAACAAGGGGAGGCAAUUCUAUGCUUGCUCACUGCCUCGGGAUCACCAGUGUGACUACUUUCAGUGGGCUGACUUACAUUUUCCACUCUGUAAUCAUGGAAGGCGAUGUAUCAUGAGGACGGUACUGAAACUUGGUCCCAAUAAUGGACGCAACUUUUAUGUGUGCUCACAAGGAAUGAACAAACAGUGUAAUUUCUUUCAAUGGGCAGAAAAUGGACCAGGCAUUAAGAUCACUCCAGGCUGCUGAAACUUGUACUGCUGAGGUAAAGGGAGUUAAAGAAUUAUUUCACUCAUCCAAGCAUUGAAAAUAAUAAAUCUUUGAUAACUUUAGAUGGGUUUUAAAAGAAAACUUCUCCAUGAAUCAAAAUCACGAUUUCUUCCACAUCUGAUUGGAACUACAGCACUGGGACACGCUGUUUAGUUUGCAUAAUUCUUUGACUAGUCUGCUUGAUGGUGGGUAGACAAAAAGUGAAAAUGGUGAAGUGCAGAUAAAUAAAAUGCUUAAUAAAAAAAUUUCUGGUAAUUUUCCAUGUUAAGUUGCUGAAUACAAGAUUUAACCUACAAGAUAGUGAUGGUGAAUGGAGAUAUUCGAAAUUGGCAUCACGAAGUCAAGUCACUGGGGUCUAAAGCUACAUUCACAGUUGACAGUUGCUGUCCAUGGUUAUGUUCAAAGUAUUUGGAUGAUAUGCAUUUGGUACUAAUGUUUCUUUUAUCAAGCACUCAUGGUUUUAUGAAAUUUCUUUAUUCAGCAUAUCAAAAGAAUUCCUUAAAGCCCCUAUUUUUAAUCUUUUCUAUCAUUAUUAUAUUAUAUACUUCAAUAGCUGAUGACUACCUUUUUGUCACCUGAUUCUUUGUCUAUCUAUUGCAUGUAACCAUAA